AAGGACGAAACCGGCAGGGGCUCAGCCUUAAUGUGGGCACCGCCCCACCUUCAGCACACUUCGCGUGGGGCUCUGACCCAGCCUACCCUGAGGGGCUCGGGCUUAACUCGGCAGCACUUGUGACAACCCCACCCCGCCCCUCCCUCAGGACCGCCCCUUCCGUUAAUUCACGUUCUCCUGGCGGCGCCUGCGCGCUGGCGUCUUUUGGCGGAAGUAGCCCUGCGUCGCCUGCCCUCUGACGCAUUGGGUACUGGGGAAAGGAAGUAGGGACUGCAGAAGGCGUCACACCCGGAAGUGGAGAGCCGGAAGUGGGGUUGGACAGGUUAUCCCCAGGGGUGGGGAAGCAGAGGCCCUGGAGGAGGGGGAAAAAAGAAGGCGGAGGAUCCUGCCCACUACUCUGAAUCGGAUACAGAUUCUCUUCGAACUCAGAGACACAGAAAAAAGGAAGAACCCCCCCACUUCCUCCUUUCCUCCCUUUCCUCAGUCUCAGCCAUGGCCGAAGCAGGGGCCGGGCUGAGUGAGACCGUCACUGAGACAACGGUUACCGUGACAACCGAACCCGAGAAUCGGAGCCUAACCAUCAAACUUCGGAAACGGAAGCCAGAGAAAAAGGUGGAGUGGACGAGUGACACUGUGGACAAUGAGCACAUGGGGCGCCGCUCAUCAAAAUGUUGCUGUAUUUAUGAGAAACCUCGGGCCUUUGGUGAGAGCUCCACCGAGAGUGAGGAGGAGGAAGAGGAAGGCUGUGGUCACACACACUGUGUACGGGGCCACCGCAAAGGACGGCGUCAGGCAACCCCAGGACUGACCCCCACCACACCUCCCCAGCCUCCUGACCCCUCCCAGCCCCCUCCGGGGCCAAUGCAGCACUAAAUUCCUCUCUUCCCUACCAUUCCUGUGUCUGUCUGGCCCUGAAUGUAUCCACAUGGCUCCUGGGGACUAAACCCGUGGCUUGAUCCUUUUUCCAGUCCCUCUUCCCUGGCCUCUGCCUGGUAGAGGAAACAGGAAGAGGAGGAUGGACAGAGACCCUUGCCUGACAUUCUGACUUGCUGCUAUUCCAGAACCCAGGCGUCUGGGUUCCCCUAGCCCUCACUUCUCCUCCCAGUUUUCACCCUGCCAGGGAUCGAGGCGCCUUGGUCCCAGGCUCUUCCCUUUGUUCUCACUGCCAAACUGCCUGUCCUGGGAUCCGACUAUGCAUCUUGGCCCCCUGCACGCUCAACAUGAGUCCCAAACACUUAAAUUCAGUUUUUGGCAGUCCCAGCUUUCACUGCCAGGGUCCCAGUCAGAUUCCAGGCAAUCUCACCCCAGCUGUGCUUGUUAGUCCUGGCUUAGAGCUCAUGUAUGCAUUUAUAUAAUCCCGAUUCUCAGUCCUUGCCUGUCGGGUAUGAAGUCUUCAGGGAGAGCACAGGGCCCCGCCCUUCCCCUCCUACCUCCCGCCUGGAAAGCUCAGAAGGAGCUAGGAGAGAGAGGUCUUUGUCCUUUUACCACGGAUGGAAAGUGGAACAAGAAAUAGCCAUGUCCUCUCUUCCUCACACUUCUAAUCUGAUACAGUAUUUCUGACAA